AUCUCCACAUCAUACGGAAGAGUCGCAAGAAUAUUGCUCGUACAGUCUUGCCAAGCUACUGCGCCCACCAGUCCCGUGUUUCUCUAAAUUUCUCCCUCUCCAUCUUUAUUCCUCUGUCUCUAUCUACUCAACUAUUCUAUCGGUCACUUGCGUGCGCGCACGUGUGUAUACGUGAGUGAAUGGGUUAUUUUUUGAUUUUUGAAUAAAACAAGAUGCUGAUCUCGCAGGAGGUAAUCUCGAAAGCAGAGGAAAUCGCAGACCAGGUAAUUCGCAAUGGAAAACACAUAUUGCCAACUCUGGCAAGAGUUUGCCUCAUAGCCACAUUUUUGGAAGAUGGAUUGAGAAUGUGGUUUCAAUGGUCGGAGCAAAGGCAGUUUAUGGACAAUACAUGGGGCUGCGGUAGUUUCCUAGCUACAAUAUUUGUCCUGAUCAAUUUAAUCGGACAACUCGGAGGUUGUGUGAUGGUUAUUGGAAGAUGGAAAGUCAGCAUCGCUUGCGGAAUCCUGUUCUUCAUAGUUGUCCUGCAAACAUUAGCUUAUAACAUUAUAUUGGAUGUAACUUUCCUGUUCAGAAACUUAGCGCUCAUAGGUGCUCUUCUCCUUGUUCUUGCCGAAUCAAGAGUCGAAGGUAGAUCAUUAUUUGCUGGUGUACCACGUCUUGGAGACAAUAAGCCUAAGAAUCUACUUCAGUUGGCUGGCAGAAUUUUGUUGGCAUUUAUGUUUACAACUCUGAUUCGCAUUGAAAUAUCGUUCCUUCAAAUAAUGCAAGAUAUCCUUGGAAGUAUUUUGAUGGUAUUUGUGACUAUCGGAUACAAAACCAAACUCAGCGCGCUGUUGCUUGUGUUGCUAUUAUCCGCGCUUAAUCUCUACCACAAUGCAUGGUGGGCCAUUCCCGAACACAAAGCUCUUAGGGAUUUCCUUAAAUACGACUUCUUUCAGACAUUGUCGGUGAUCGGUGGCCUUUUAAUGAUAGUCUCGUUAGGACCCGGAGGUGUAUCGAUGGAUGAGCAUAAGAAAGAGUGGUAAACGGUCACAACGUUGCCCGAAUGCGUAUCAUUACUUUGUCAGAAUCAUUCAGUAAAAAAGUCUCCCAUUCCUAUUCCUUUCUACGCUCAACUGAAUUUACAAUAAGUUUACCGAUUCUUUUGGAUGAAAUCUGUAAUGUACACGAUUGUGACUUGUUUAAUUCAGAUAAAGGCAUUGCUAAGGUAUUGUUAUGUACUUUAAAAUGUCUUACGUUCAAAUACACGGAAUUACAGAAAGAAACAGAAGAAAUUUCAGGAUAGUAAGAUUAAUGUUUAAGACAUAAACAGAAAGAAGACAACGCCAAGACUAAUUUAUAUUACGAAGAACGGCCUUGUACAUAAGACACUACGUUUAAUGACAAGACGUGUGUUCUUCCAUGAAAAAAAAAAAAUACAACAUUAACUGAUUAAAUUUAUAGAAGAUAGAGUAAUGAAAAGUUUUCAAGAUUUUUAUACGAUUAAAUUAUUGUAAAUAAAUGUUCCUUUUCAGA